AUGCGCGGAUUUCUGCCUUACGGUCUACUGGCCAUUGCCUCUGCAGCAACAGCAGCAUGCUCUCCCACAGUCUACCUCAUUCGACACGGAGAGAAGCCCAGUGAUGGAGGAAAUGGGCUGAAUGCACAAGGAGUCAAACGUUCACAAUGCAUUCGCAAAAUUUUCGGCCAGGAUUCCGAUUAUAAUAUCACCCACAUUAUGGCGCAAACGCCUAAGAGCAAUGGCAAACGCGCUCGUCCCCUCGACACCGUUAAGCCCCUGGCCGAAGACCUCGGUCUCAAAGUCGAUACAUCUUGCGACCGCGAUGACCCAGAUUGUGUGAAGAAGGUGGUCGAUGAUUACGAUGGAGAAGGCAACAUACUGAUUUGCUGGGAGCACGAUACACUGACGGAUAUUCUGGAGACACUGGGAGUCAAGGAUGCACCAUCUUAUCCCGACGAUAGUUUCGACAUCAUUUGGACCCUCCCAUCCCCUUACGACGAAAUGUCCAAGGAUACCAAAGAGAAUUGCCCCGGUUUGGAUGAUUAA